AUGAGCCCGCGCGAGCGCAUCGCCGCCCUCCAGAAGCGCGGCCUCCCGCUCCCCGACCCCGACACGCUCCGCGCCGGCGGCGAGCCCGCCUCGUCGUGCUCGCACGACUCGCUCGCGUUCAACGUCGACCCGUCGCACCCGGUCUACGCCGCCCAGUACCCGCAAGUGUCGUUCGCCAACUCGACAUCGUCGUGGCGCUCGUACCUGUCCGGCGGCGCGCACGUCGCGCCCUUCUCGCCCGCCGACCACGUCUCGAACCCGUUCGCGGCGCCGCCUGCGCACCGUUACGUCCCGAGCGACCGUCGUGCCGCCCUGUGGAAGCGCCAGGGCGACGACAUCAGCGGCGGCGGCGGCCAGACGAGCAACUUUAUCAACUCGAUCGGCGACACGAGCGGGUGCCCAAAGGCCGCCGUCGUCGUCUUUGUCGGCGUCGCGAGCGACUGUACCUACACCCAGUCGUACGGCUCGACCGACGCCGCUCGCGAGCAGAUCCUCACCGACUUCAACAGCGCCUCGGCCCUGUACCAGCAGUCCUUCAACGUCUCGCUCGGCAUCGUCGAGCUCGCCGUCAUGAACUCGACCUGCCCGUCGUCGUCGGCCCAGAUCGACGAGUCGUACCCGUGGAACUUGCCGUGCCAGGCGUCGGGCAGCAGCGGCAGCAACAUCGGCGUCGACCUCAACACGCGCCUGAGCAUCUUCUCGCAGUGGCGCGGCGACAAGGGCGGCGCAGACGGUGCCGGGCUGUGGCACCUCCUCACGGCGUGCCAGACGAGCCGAGAAGUCGGCGUCGCGUGGCUCGGGCAGCUGUGCAGGGUCAGUGCGUCGACCAACGGCGGGCAGACGACGAGCGGCACGGGCGUGACGGCCAUCACGCGCAGCGAGUGGCAGGUCAUCGCCCACGAGAUCGGCCACAACUUUGGCGCCAUUCACGACUGCGCCUCGGGCUGCAGCCUCAGCGGCGGGUGCUGCCCGCUCUCGACGUCGACCUGCAACGCUAACGCCGACUACAUCAUGUCGCCCGUGUCGGAGAAGAACGUGUCGACCUUUUCGCCGUGCUCGAUCGGCAACAUCUGCUCGACCUUGUCCAACUCGCUCAACACGACCUGCUUGGCGACGCCCGGCCUCGCAUCGAACCCGCCCAUCAUCUCGCUCAACUCGUGUGGCGACGGCAUCGUGAGCCAGGACGAGGAGUGCGACCCGGGCAGCAACACGGACGACCCGUGCUGCGACGCGUCGACGUGCCGGUUCCGCCAGGGCGCCGUCUGCAGCCCGCGCAACUCGCUGUGCUGCACGGCCCAGUGCCAGGUCGCCAACAAUGGCACCGUGUGUCGCCCGAGCGUCGACAGCCGGUGCGACAUUGCCGAGACGUGCAACGGGACGAGCUCGGCGUGCCCGGCCGACGAGUACCGGAACGACGGUUCUGGGUGCGGCGACGGCCUGUCGUGCGCCACGGGCGUGUGCACGAGCCGCGACCAGCAGUGCCGCAACGCGGGUUCGACCAUGGGCAUCACGCAGGCGUGCCCGACGUCGGCGACGAGCGACUGCUCGAUCGUGUGCCAGGACCCGUCGAGCUCGCGGUCGUGCAUCAUCCUCGACCAGUCGUUCCGCGACGGCACGUCGUGCCGCAACGGCGGCCGCUGUCGCGGCGGCUCGUGCCAGUCGGGCUCGGGCCUCGAGGCGGCCAAAGGCUGGUACCGCGACCACCUCAACAUUGCGAUCCCGGUCACGAUCGUCGUCGCACUCAUCGUGCUCGCCAUCCUCGCCGCCCUCGUGCGGUGCUGCUGCUGCCGCGGCGGCCGGUCGGGCAAGGGCGCCGUCUACAAGCCUGGCAAGGGCAAGUCGCACUCGUCGCGUUACGCCGCACCGCCGCCGCCGCCGCCGCCGAUGAACAUGCAGCAGAACGGCGCGUGGGGCGGAGGAGGGUACUACCCGCCGCCGCCGCAGCAGUACGGCGGCGGCGGGGGCUACGCGCCGCCGCCGGGCCCGCCGCCGACCCAUCCGUCCAACGCGUAUCAGGGCUCCUUCAACCACGAGCCGCGAGGCGUCUUGCGGCGCUAGGGCGGCGGCGUCGUCGUCGUCGGUGGUCUUCCUCUUCCCCCUCUCGGCGUCCUUUCCCUUCUUUCUCUCGCUCUCUCGACCUCUCAGCACCCACUCGGCUCGACUCGGGCUGUUGUACCACUAUGCAGCCCCCCCUCUCUCUGCCUCUCGCGCCUUGUGUAGCCGCUCUCCCCGUCUCUCGUCGACUCUGCAAACAAAGACACUCUCGCUCUC